GUGCAAGUGUGAAUCCAUGCCAGUUCCAAGCGAAGCAAGGACAGCUAGUGACUGUGCAGUGCAAGUGAGCGUGAUAAAGUCCUUUUACCACCGAUACUUCCACAAAAUAUUACCGAUAUUCGACACCAGGCCGAUCACUACCACUGAUGUCAGGUCCAUGCCAUGGAAGGGGAAAGCUAAGGCCGGGUUAAGCGACCGUUCGGAAAUUGGAGGGGGCUGCUCGUGCAGCAGUACGAAAAAGACGACGCUAAGGAAUUGCCGUGCGCAGAAAAAAGACCACGCGCUCUCAGUGGCACGAACCGUUGGUAGUGGGAGGUUAUCUUCGUCGCCGUCGUCGUUGCCACCGCUGCCACCGUCGCCAUCGUCCUCCUCGUCCUCCUCGUCCUCGUCGUCGUCGUCGCGGUCGUCGUCGUCGCCGUCGUGUUCGUGA